GUUCCAUGCGAACGUGUCUUCUCAUCGAGCAAGGAGACGUGUACAUCACGCCGGAGUCGACUGUCUCCGAAGACCAUUGAGAUGUUGCAGGUUCUCAAGUUCAUUUACCGACAUUCAAGCCUCAACUUUACAUCGCAGCUCCUUGCAAACACUUGUGACUACGAGAUUGAAGGGCCUGUGACCGCAUACGCCGUCCAGGAGCUCAGGGAAUCAGGUAAAAUGGAUGAAUUGGCCGAUCUCCUGCAGAACGCAGCAGACUCGGAAUAA